UGUUUUCUCUCACUAGACCUCUCCACGAACUGUAGAGUAGCCGCGCCCGGAGAAGCCAGCAACAUCUCUCUUCCAUUUCGAAGGAUAUCGAACCGGUUCCGAAAGCUUUUGACUUUAGAUAAUCUACUGUGUUUUUUCAUGAUUCGGCUCAUUUCAGCAUUUUUAAUGCAAUCUUCCAAGUUCCAAGAGCUGACGACCCAUAUUGACCGUUAUAAUGGUCAUAAACCGCAAGCAUAAGCAAUAUAUAAAUGCCCCUCCCUGAUGCUGACUUCCUGAGUUGAGAGAGAGAGAGAUGGAAACGGAGACGGAGAUGGAGAUGGAGAUGGAGCUGCCAGAGUGCCCGGUUUGUCUUCAAGUCUACAACAGCGACGACACCGUCCCUCGUGUGCUCCCUUGCGGCCACUCCGCCUGCGAGGCUUGCCUGAAGCAGUUGCCUCAGCGUUUCUCCAACACCAUUCGCUGCCCUGCGUGUACCCAACUCGUCAAAUACCCAGAAUUUCAAGGCCCUUCUGCCCUUCCCAAAAACAUUGACCUCCUGAGCUUCAUUAAUUCCCAAAGCCCUAAAAACACUACUCCUUCACAAUCAAGCAACCAGACCCAAACCCAUCUCAAUCGAUCUAGAGCUGAUGCUCCAAAACGUCGCGAGUUCUUUCCUCGCUUGUUAUGGUCUGAAGAGUUUUACUCCAAUUGGAAGGAUUGGAUUCUUCCUAUUGACUCUGUUUCUGUGGUGGAGAGAGGAGAGGAGUUGCUUCACUAUUGUGCACUUCAAGGAAAAAUUGAGUCUCCGUCUUCGUCUUCGUCUUCGUCUUCAGCUUCGUUGUCAACUUCUUGUUGGUUUCCUGAGGAGAAUCAGUUGGUAAGUCUUGUUUGCGUUGGUUAUUCUUCGGGGCCAGAUUCUGCGUUUAAAUUAAGCUAUAAUGCUAGAGUUAUGGAAGCUCUGAAUCGGUUGAAGGAGAGUGAGCGAAUGGAAUUGGAUUUAAUUGUUAGAGCUUCGCUCAGACAGCGUCGGGUGUGCAAGUUUUCUGGAUUAUGGAUGGAUUCUAAAGAUGGGUCUGUCUUUUUGGUCUGUGAAAAAUUUAACGGAGAUUUUUUAAAAAGAUUGAGUUGGUCGAUGGAUGGGGCUAUUAGUGGAAACUCGGAUGGAUUAACUAGUCUGGAGGGGCUAAAUUUGGAGGCAAAUGGUAAAAUAACUGCUUUUGCUAUGGUCGGUACAGAGCUAUGUGAAGCACUGAUGGGUUUACAUUCAGAAGGAUUAGUUAGUGGUUGUUUAGCUUUCUCCUGUUUUAGAUUUGAUGAUUUUGGUUGCAUUUCUGUUGACACAAAUGAAAUUUUAGUGAUGGGAAGAAGAGUCAGGAGGUAUAUUUCGGAGGCUUCUGGAAAAGGUGAUGAUCUUGAAAUUGAAGCACUCUUUGCCAAUCUAUCAGAUAUACGGUCAUUUGUAAGUCCAGAGCUACUGUUCGAACUAUUGAACUAUGAGCGCAUUACUGCUGAGACUGAGAGUGGCAACUCAGGAUAUUCGAUUGGUUAUGGCUCAGACUUAUGGUCCUUGGCUUGUAUUUUGGUCAGGCUUCUUUUGGGAGAACGAUCCACAGAAGAGCUAUUCAAAGGUUUCUCUAUCAUUUUCCCUAAAGUCAGUGAAGAAAAAUGUGCUGGAUACUCGAGCCUUUACAAUGGUUGGAUGGAUAAAGUGGGCUCUGUGCUGGACACAUGUUUGGGUUCAAAAUUUUCAUCCUUGCAGCAGAUUCUCUGCAGAUGUUUGAAUUUUGACCCAGCACAUCGUCCUCAUGCAGCUGAAAUAUGGAGAUACAUUAGAGAAUUACUUAUUAAACCUCAUAGUGAUACUGUGGCCAGUCUAGAUGCUACAUUUGUCCAGAAGAAAAUGACUUAUUGCUUCAUUCUUGGAGAUAUGUGUCAUUUGCACAAGGAAACUGUCAAAGAAUUAGAAAACCAGAACAGAGAUGGGUUGCUGAAGAGUGAUGGCAGCAGUGGAGCAGAUGCGGAUAAAGUUGGGGAUGAGAAAGUUGGCAGAGAUCUUGUUAGUGGCCUGUGUUUGGGUAGUUUAAAUUCUAUCAAUCUGCAAGGUCACCUAGAUUGCGUAACAAAAUUUGCUGUUGGAGGGGGUUUUCUGUUUAGCUCCUCCUAUGAUAAAACGGUCAAUGUGUGGAGCCUGCAGUGGGAAAUGCAAAUAUCCUUGAGUCAUUGUCUGCUACAUAAGUUGUUCCAUGAUGCUUAUGCUGAGCUAGAUGUUCCAAACAUAGUUGUCACGGCCUCAAAUCGAUCUAAGGCGUUUGACAGAUCUCUUUCAGAGUAUUAUAGUACUUUCAGGGGAAUGGUUGAACUUAAUGUUUUCCAGCCCUUGACCAUAAACAUUGACAAAUUGAAGGCUCAGCGGAAUGAGUUUUUCGUUUCCAAAUUUUUGGCUAGUUUGAAUAAUGAUUUGAAGGCAGUGAAGGGCCAUUUACUUGCAGGCGAUACUGUUCCUACUCUGAAUAACACUUAUUCGCGAUUGCAGCGUAUCACUUCAUCAACUAAAUCUGAUCAGUCUUCCAAAGAUAAUUCUGUCUUCCUUACCAACCGUGGACGUGGUUGUGGUUGGGGUCGUGGAUCGGCUGGUCAGGGUUCUAGUGGACAGCCUUCUGAUCGUGCAGCCUGUCAGUGCACUUAUUGCGGGAAGCCCAACCAUACUAUAGAGACUUGCUGGGCAAAGCAUGGCAAGUCAGAAUGGCAUCUUCACACGAGGAAGAUGAUUGAUAGAGGACGUGAAAAAGAUGGUUUAUAUUACCUCAACUGUGGUUCUCCUACUUCUUCUGCUGCUGCUACUGCUGUUGGAGAUUUGCGCCUAUACCCCAUAGCAAAUGGGGUAGCAGAGCGCAAGAACCGGCAUCUAUUCGAGGAGUUAUCGGGUGAUGAGCUUCAAAGAGAUACCAGAGCUGUUGGGUCCAUUACUUGUGAUUCUGUGAUAACAGCUUUGCUGUUCUGGCAAGGGAAACUUUUUGUCGGGUGUGCGGAUGGUGUUAUCAAGGUCUAUUAUUUCAACUGUGAUUGAAGUCUUGCACGCUGGCAUGAAUUGACAGAUCGAGAGGAUAUCAUGAAAAGUAUGGUGCAAACUACACAGAGAUGAACUGAUGGUCAUUUACCUUGACAAAAUUUGGGCAACAGAGAUGUGUUAAAACAUCCUUUGUUCAUACAGAUUCAAUUUCAACGCUGUACAGGAAAAUAUGUUGAUAUACCACCCAAAAAAUAAUUGUGUUAAAAUAUUUUUUGUUCAUACAGAUAUUCAAUUUGAAGUCUGUACAGGAAGAAAAUGUUGAUAUGCCACAAAAAAUAAUUAUUGUAAAAAGGAGAAGGGGGGGGGGGGGUAAAAUUAUACGGUAUGUUAACACCCCCCACAAAAAAAAAAAAAAGAGCAGGCACUCGGGUAAGAGUUCUUGGUGUAUUGAUUAGGUUCAUAGCAACUUCAUGUUGGGAAAGGGGCUGUCAAUGCACAGUGCAACCUGGACCUGAAUGAGAACCAUCAUAAAGUGGAAAGAGAUACCUUGACGACACACUGGAUGCUAGAGCUUGUGCUGCCACAAAAGAGGGCUCCAAUACAUUGGAUGUUAGGUGCAAUGGACUGUUAUGAUCUCUAACUGAUUAAGGGCUUAAUUUGAUGUAUUGCCAUUAAUCCAAUCCUGCUUUUCACUUAUUGCUAUGCACUCAGUUAUGUGUUGAUUUUAACUGCAGUUCUCCUUUAAUGUUUGUUAUAUAUUGUCA